UUAAACAAAUGAAAAGCAUUAAGUUAAAGCAAAUCUACUAGCAAUUAAACAAAUCGUGCGGUUGUUAACGUUCUUUAAAGAUUGCGCUUUGUGUUUUUGUGUGUGUAACAAGCUAAAAAGGCCGAAGGCAAAAAGGGAGGCGAAGAGAAAAUGUCACGCAAAGCAGCAGCAGCAGAAAAAGAGUGAAGAAAUUACAUUUAGGGGAGAAGAAAUAUCGCAUGAAAACUCAACAAUAACAAUAUUUUAGGCCCAGAGUCUGUACAAAAAGGCGCAAAUCCAAUGCCACUGUCAAUACAAGCCCCCAACGCGAAUUUGUGCUGAAAAGUAAUUGAAAAUAAAAAAAAGUUUGUUGUUGUUGUUGUUCUAGUGUGUGUUGUGUGUGCGCGUGUGUGUGUAGUGUUGUGUAGUUGUAACUCUCGGCAGGCCAGACACCUGCAAAUGCAAGGAGGAGCGAGAUGAAAACAUCUGAACUGGUCCUGCGGAGGCGCCCAGCUACUACAGUCCAUGCUAUCUGGCUUGAAUGUCGUCGAUAAUUGAACUGGAACCCCGUUGCAACUGGAACUGGCACUGCGACUACCACUACUAUUCACUGGCACAAUGCAAAGUUUGGACUCAUCAUGCCAAGAAGCAGACUUCAUCAUAAAUGACACGCUCAAGAAGCUAAAGGGAGACAACCCACUGAAUGCGAGUGCCCAGAGUCUGGUGCACGCCGUUAACUCGGCCGUACCACAACAAUUUGUCUACACAUCCACACAAAGCUCACCACAGUCACACCAGGCGCAACAUCCGCAGCAGCAGCAACAUCAAUCAUAUUCGCUGCACACCGUGUUCCAAAACGCGUGCUCGCCCCCGCUUGCCAUCAACAGUCAGCAGCAGCAACAACUGUCACCGGCUGCCUCGGUUACGGUCAGCUUUCCAACCAGUAGCAAGUCGUUCUUGGAGACGAGCCUGCUGCAGGCCAUACCACAAAUACCUGCGCAACCGCCCAUUUGCAUAUUCGAUGAUGAUGACUCGCCCGCAGAGCUUACGCCCACUGGGGGCAACAUUGUCAUACUCACGGAGCCACAGACACACUCGCAUGCCACAAGCGGAAUGGCGGUGGCACCUUCACCCUCAUCGUGUUCCUCUUCGACCACAACGUUGUCAAACUUUAACUCAAUUACGUCGCCCUCGCCGGUAGUUCCUGAUCUGCUGCUCUCCACGCCUCCCGGUGUCAAUUCCAGUCUAAACAGCAAUAAUAACAACAAUAACAACAGCAGCAAUUAUCAGCAGCAAUCUCACACCAGCAGCAAUAACAACAAGAAGGCCGAUCGGCGGCCAGCCUCUAGUAGUUCAAAUGCUUCGUCUGGCAGCGGUCAUCAUCAGCAGCAGCAGCAUCAACAUCACCACCACCAUCAUCAGCAACACCUGCACCACCAACAGUCACAUAAUCACCAUGGGCUAGCAUCGCCCCAAACCUCGCCCAGCAAGCGGCAAAAGAAUAGCAGCAGCGGCGGCAGCAGCAACAACAAGGAGCCCACAUCUAAUUCCUCUAGUCGUAGUACAGCCCUAACGUCCGCAUCAACGCGUGCUGGCGCCGGCGCUGGCUCCCAAAGCAACACUCAAAGCGCUGUCGCUGCCAACCCGUCCAGCAGCAGCAGCAAGCGCGAUGCAAUCACAAAGUUUGUCAACAUACACGGCAAGAUCAAGGAACUCUAUCUGCAAAUGCUCAGCAAUGACCUCAAUCACUUUGCUGAAACGGGGUUGAAGCAGCGCAGUCGUUCCUUUAUACUGGAGCGUCUGGUAGAAUGCGAAAAGCUAAACACGAUUGUGGUCAAUCUAUAUCCGGGCAACAAGGGCUACUCGCUGGCGCUGCAUUAUGAUGAGCAGCUGAUGUUAAAUCCGCACACCAAUGAAUGGAUCGAGCUGCCAGGCACUGAGCCCGUCAGCGAAAAGAGCGCACGUGGCAAGGCACAGCUUGAUGGCGACGGCGGCCAGUACAAGAGCAAGUCCAGGCUAGGUGACAACGAGGAGCAAAGUGCGGCGACGGCGAGUUCUAACUAUGGCUUGGUCGAAGUGCUUCGCUGGCCAUACGAGAACGACUUUCUGCUGCAGUGCAUCGAUCGCGAACUGCUACCCGAGUUCCUCAUGGAUCUGCUAAAUGCGGAAACCGUCAGCCUGAGCUCGCCCCAAGACGGCAACGAGGGUGCCCGCGUGCAUGCCAAGCCGAGCGUAUUCUAUGCCGGCUGUGUAAUUGCACAAAUCCGCGACUACCGCCAGACAUUUGCCACCUCAACGAAUAUCUGUGAUAUGAAGCACAUACUGCUACGUCCCAGCAAUGCGACGCUCUUCGCGGACGUGCAGCAGCUGGGAAAUACGCUGGGCUGGGCCGCUGCGACGCCGGAGGAUCGCCUAGCGCUCGAGAGUCAACUGGUGCUGGCCACGGCGGAGCCGCUGUGCCUUGAGCCGGACCCAAACAUUGGCCGCCAGGCCAUCAAUGCCCAACAUGAGCGCCAGCGUUACAAUUCGCACGAAAUGCGCCGCCAAAUGAAGAAGUUCACCCAGGUGGCCAUCAAUCGCAAGCGCAAACUGGAUCAGUUCACGCAUCAUGAAGGUCUCGAGCUCUGCGACUAUCUAACGCGUCUGCGCCAGCGUCCGCGCAAUGCCAGCAACAGCAGCGCAGCGAACGCAACGCCCGCCACAGCGCCCAGCAAUAAUCCGCUGGUGGGCGCCAUGCUUAGCUCGUUCACUUCGAAGGUGCCGCGACGACCGCAGGAGGUCAUACGGCCCAUCAGGCCACCCUGCCUGGAGUAUCCGGCCAAUCUGAAGGUGCCCGAGCAUGUGAUCAGCGUGGAGAAGUACGCCAAGACCUUUGAGCCGCUCAACGAGUUCAGCGAGGCCUGCAAGGAUGGCUGCCAGCCCAGCUGUCGCCACAACUUUCAGCCGCAGCUCAUCGAGGAGUAUGUGCUGGAGACGGAGCGCGAGGCGAACGAGGGGCGUCGCGCUCUCUAUCACAUCAAGCUCUCCAUCUAUCAGCGACCCUCGGAUGCCGAGUACCUGGGCGAACUGUAUGUGGAUCGCGACUAUCGCGAGGGUGAACGCAAUGGUGAAUCCUGUCGCUUUGCGCUGGGCACGCGUGUCCAUGCGAAUCGCUACAUACAGCAAUUCCGUGAAAUAUUCACCGAGGAGGGACGCAAGGCUGUUAAGAUUACGCAUCUGAUACCAGGACAUGUGCCAAUUGUUACCCACACUGGCCUCACCAAUGAGCAACGUUUGAUUUUGCAACAGCAGCAGCAGCAGCAACAACAGCAGCAACAGCAGCAGCAACAACAACAGCAGCGGCAAGCACAAUUUACUCAACAACAGCAGCAACAACAACAACAACAGCAGCAGCAGCAGCAACAACAGCAACAACAACUGCCAGCAACAGUGCAUCAUGUAGCGCAAGCGCAACAAAACAUUAAUCUGCCAAUGAAUCGCCAACAAAUUGCAAACAAAGCUGUGAACAAUACAAUAAGCGUGCAGCAAACGUUUCGCCAGCAACCACAACAGCAGCAGCAGCAACAACAGCAACUGGCUACCGCCACACAGUUUACAGUCGAUGCUGGUCUACAGCUGCAGCAGCAACAAGGGCAGACAGCACAGCUUGCCACUGGCAACAACAUCUUAAUACAACAAUCACCUCAGCAUCAGCAGCAAAUACAACUACAGCAGCUUGCAGUGGGCAGCAACGCAACCAACACAACCACUCAUCAGGUGAGCCUAAGCAACGGUUCGCUCGUGCUCCUGCAACAGGAGCAACAGCAGCCACAGCAGCAACAGUUGGCCGCAGCGCUGCAGCACUCGGGCAUCACCAUCCAACCAGCCAAUAUACAGCAGCAGCAGCAGCAGCAACAACAGAAAGCAACCAAUGCACAGCUGAACACGGCCAUAGGCGCCAAUUCCGCAUUGCGUGCCCAACUCAACUCCAAUGUGCCAAUUCUCCAAUCACAGCUGAAGGUAGCGCCGAUUGUGACGACACAACAUCAGCUGCUACAGAAGCAGCAGCAGCAGCAACAACAACAGCAGCUACAGAUAACUGCCAACAACAACAAUACAAUCAACAAUAAUAAUAAUAAUAACAAUAACAAUACGGCAAUGCAUUCGAAUCCUGCGAUUAACGCCAUAGUCACCAGCAUUAUGAACUCUGCUAACCAAUAUCAACAACAGCAGCAGCAGCAGCAGCAACAACAGCAGCAGCAAAUGCAGCAGCAGCAACAUCAACAGCUCUCUGUCAGCACGACGAACAACAACAACAACGCGAACGCCACCACGUUGAAGAACUCCAGCAAUGCAUCUAUAUUGAAUUUGCUGAACAGCGCGCCGGCGGCCAUGACCAGCACGCCAGUGGCCAGUGGCACCUUCACCACCUCGGGCAGCGGCCAGCAGCAGACCUUAACGCUGGUGCAUCAUCCGCCUCAACAACAGCAGCAGCAGCAACAGGCGGGCUCCAAUACAGUGGACACUGGCACGACCACCUAUGUGCAGACGACGCGUGGCACGCCCACUUUGGUGGGUACACAGCGCAAGCAACAAUCCAGCGAAGUGCUGCAGAACCUGCUCAACUCGAAUCGCAAGAUUAACAUUGUGGGCGCCAGCGGCACCACCGCCUUUCGCACCAAUUCCGCGGGCAAUCUAAUUGCUGUGAACUUCAAUCAGCCGCAGGCGCAGGCAAUGCAACAGCAGCAGCAGUCCGGCGACGGCAAUCAGACAGUGCGUGUCUCCAUGUCAGCGCUGGCCUCACAACUGGCUUCGCCACCAGCGAUAAUGACCAAUCCUGCAACCAGCUAUGGAGCGUAUACGGUCAGCACAGGCGGCGUCUGCGGCAGUCUUAAGAUACUCAACACCGGCCAGCAACAGCAGCAGCGCUUGCUAAGUUCACUGCGUCGGGACAGCACAACGGCGCCACCGAAUGCCAUUGUUGUGGGCAUGGCGGCGCCCUCGCCUGGCAGUGAUUCGAAUGCUUCUAAUGCCAGCGGAUUUGCAGUGCCCACCAAUCUGGCAGGCAGCAGUGGUGGCGGGACGCUUAGUGCGCUGCUUACGAAUGCCGCAACGCCAUCGCCAUCGGGUUCGGAUCACUCGCAGUCCUCGCAGACGCACCAGAACCAAGUGCUGCUCGACCGGCUCAGCAAUGUGACCUCCAAUGUGUCCGCCGUGCCCAUGCCGCACAUGUCGCCGCAGGGACAGCCGCAGCAGCAACAGCAGUAUAUAACAAAAACUCUGGUGCACUCACCCGCCACCUCCUCUAUACACUCGCCCAUGUCUAGUCCGCAUCCGCAGCCCUCUGCCUCGCCACAGCAGCAGCAACAGCAGCAGCAGACAACAACCACGCUCAAUCUGCAGGGCCUCAAUCUGCUGCAGGGCGCCAUCUCCAACUUUACCAAUCUGCAGAAUGUCCAGGUGCAGUUGCCCGGCUUCACGCAACCCAUCUCGCUGCAGUUCUCCGGCAAUCAGCAGCAGUCCAACUCAACGGGCGCUACAAAUGCCAAUUCGCUGGCGCAGACGCAGCAGCGUAGCGUGUUGGUCUCAGUGCCAGUCUCGUCGCAACAGCAGCAGCAGCUCUCGCAUACGAUAACUUUGCAGCCCACGCAGCAGCAACACCAACAGCAGCAGCAGCAGCACCAUCAACAGCAACAACAACAGCACCAGCAGCUGCCUGCUCCGGGCACUAUUGUAAGCCUGCCCUCAACUGUGGCGGGCACACAGACUGUGGUCAUCACCAACAAUGCAGCGGGCAGCGGCGGCAACAGCGCAGGCGCCAACAAUGCUGGCGGCGGCAACACGGCGAUGCUUACUUUGCCCAUUGCUCAAAUAGUUGGCGCCGGUGUGCAGAAACUAAAUCCUCAAACAAUACGUACCUCAGGCGCAGCUGCAGCGGCGGCUGCGCAGCCACGCACGCGCAAUGUUCAAGUGGUGGGCAGCAAGCAGAUGGCCAACAGUCGACAGCUGCUCACCACGCAGCGACAGAUAGGCGGCUCCACGCUCAAAAUAGCCACAGCGCCCAUGAAUGCCAAUGCAGUUGCUGGCCCCGUAGUUAUGUCUGCGCAAAAGCUACAGAUGAAGACUGUUAAAGCGUCAACGCAGCAGCCGCAGCAGCAGCAGCAACAACAACAGCAGCAGCAGCAACAACACCAGCAUCGCAUACUCAACACAAGCGGCAGCACAGUCAACGCCCAAACACUGCCUAGUCCCGGCCAAAUGCCGCAGCAAAUGCAGCAGAUACAGCUGGGCGGACGCGCUGGCAAUGCGACAGCGGUGAUGAGCCAGCGCACGCUGACGGCGCUCACCAAGCAGCAGCAGCAGCAACAGGCUGCUGUCAAUCGCAGACGUUCGACCACCGAUGCGACCAAGUGAAAAUGAAACUGUUAAUUGAGGAGAGAAGAUUUGUAAUAAGGCUACGCGUUGUGUAUUUGCAUGAUAUUAUAGUUUAUGGUUAAACAUUUAAAUAGCACUAUCUACCAUAACCAUAUACAUACAUACCUACAUAUAUAUAUAUAUAUAGCUACGUACAUAUAUUCUGAUGUGUAUAAAGUGUAAGUGAGAGUAGCUGAGAUGAGUUGUAGGACUGUUCAAGCCGCAAGCGAUCAACAUUCGUCAGACAGCUCAUUUUAAUUUUUGGAGUUGGCGCUAGCAGAAACGAAACAAAUAAGAAACGAAAAACAAAAC